UACAAAUACAAUACUCUUUGAUAUAUUUACAUAACUUCUCUCUCCAUAUUUCUCACAACAAAAAUGACUUAUUGGAUUGGUAAUUGUCAAAGAAAGGAAUAACUAAGAUUCUGCUCAUGUUGGUGCUUUUAACGGGUUUGGAUAAUCUUUCGCUUAUGUUCUUCUUUUUCUUGUUCUAGAACUACUUUUGUGGGAGAUAGGUUGCAAAUUUUCUCCUUUUUCAAGAUAAUCCAAGUCCUGAAUUUCUCAUGGAAUUUCUUUUUCAUAAAUGGGUCUUUGCAUUUUUGUUUUCUUUUUGGCUCCUCUUCUCUAUUGCACUAUCAGUGGAAGGAUUGAAGGAGAAUUCCAAAGUUAGAGGAGUAAAUUUAGGUGGGUGGUUGGUGAUUGAAGGGUGGAUUAAGCCAUCCCUUUUUGAUGGCAUUCCCAAUGCAGAUAUGCUUGAUGGUACAGAGGUGCAGUUUAAGUCAGUGACAUUGCAAAAGUAUGUUUCUGCUGAAAAUGGAGGUGGCUCUAAUGUCACAGUCAGUAGGGAUAUACCUUCUUCCUGGGAAACAUUCCGGUUGUGGAGAGUGUCUCAGAUGGAAUUUCAAUUACGCUCCACCCAAGGACAGUUUUGGACAUGUGAUUUUCAAGGAAGUUCUGUGUCAGCUACUACAGAAGCACCGGGGACCAACGAAACAUUUUACAUAGAAAGACUUAAUAAUAGCAGCAGAAUUCAUAUUAAGCUUCAGAGUGGUAUCUAUUUGCAGGCUCUGACAGAGAGCCAGCUUACAGCAGAUUAUCAAGGAACACCAGGAUGGGAUGAUAAUGCUGCCACCUUUGAAAUGACGAUUGUUUCCAAUAAUCUUCACGGUGAUUUCCAGCUUGCAAUAGGAUAUGGACAUGCCAAGGCCAAAAAGAUACUGGAGGAACAUAGAAGCAGCUUUAUCACUAUUGGUGACUUUUAUUUCCUAAGCAGACAUGGGAUAAAUGCGGUGAGGAUCCCUGUUGGCUGGUGGAUUGCUUAUGAUCCUGAUCCUCCUGCACCUUUCAUUGGGGGAUCAUUGGCAGCAUUAGAUGAUGCAUUUUCCUGGGCCGAAGAAUAUAAUAUUAAGUGCAUUAUUGAUCUUCAUGCUGCCCCUGGCUCUCAAAAUGGAAUGGAACAUAGUUCUAGCAGAGAUGGCUCAGUUGAUUGGCCUACUUCACAAGAUAAUAUUAAUAAAACAUUGGAUGUUAUUGACUUCUUGGCCUCCAGGUAUGCAAAGAACCCUGCAUUGCUGGGAAUUGAGCUCUUGAAUGAACCAUCAGCUGCCGGAGUUCCGCUGGACAUUAUGCUUUCAUAUUACCAACAAGGCUACCGGAUUGUAAGAAAGUAUUCCUCAUCAGCUUAUGUUAUAGUCUGCCAGAGAAUAGGCAAUGCAGAUCCUCUUGAACUCUAUCAGGCUAACAUAGGUUCCACAAACGUUGUGGUAGACCUGCACUACUACAACCUUUUUGAUACUUUCUUUGUCAAUAUGAACUCAUCUCAAAAUGUUGACUAUAUAUACAAGACUAGGGAAACUCAACUGCAACAACUUAACAAUGCAAGUGGUCCGCUUGUGUUCAUUGGGGAAUGGGUAAAUGAAUGGAAUGUAGAAAGCGGAUCAAAGCAAGAUUACAAGAAUUUCGGCAAGGCGCAGUUAGAUGUUUAUAACGCUGCUUCAUUUGGAUGGGCUUACUGGACGCUCAAAAAUGACAGGAAACACUGGGAUUUUGAAUGGAAUAUUAGAAAGAACUAUCUUGAAUUCAGUAAGAGCAGUUCACCUGGAUUGCAAGCUUCCAACGUGGUACUGUUCCUAGUAUUGACUUGUAGCUACUUGUUCUUGUAUCAGAUUCUGUGACACACAAUACCUGCCAUGUUCUCAAGAGAUUAACCUGAAGAGAAAUUCAAAUGUGGCUAUCUGCUAUUCUUUGAUCCUAA